UUUCUGCGGCAUUUUGUUUUAUUGUGUCGCUGAUGUAACCGCUUAAAAAUAUCUGCGGCUUCUAAGUGAUAUACAUGUUUUUUUCUGUUGUCAUUUAAAGUUAAUUUAAACGUAAUCUGCAUAAGAUGAAUAGACCAAGUUUUUAAUUAAUACUGUGUUCGGAAUUCACAGUCACAUUUUAUUCACUCAAAGUCCGUGCUGGGGAGUAGUCUGUACGACGAAAAAACUGGAUAUAGUGGAAGCAUUCAACAGGUGAAAAAUUGCGGGUGUCGUUCUCUGUGUUUAAUACAUUACGGAGGUGCGUGCUGACUUUUUUAGAGGUGCUUACAUAAGAUAACUGUACAACCAUGGCACAGUCGAGGAUGAGAUGCUUGAACCGACACAGCCUUCUAACACUUUUGACUGUAAUUGGCGUAAUAGGCGGAACGGUAACCGGAUUAGUUCUUAAUCAAUUCCGUUCUAGAGAAUGGACCAAAAGAGAAAUCAUGUACGUAAAGUACCCGGGCGAUUUGUUUCUCCGUGUUUUGAAAUCCCUAAUUAUCCCCUUACUCACGUCAUCCAUAGUGUCGGCGAUUGGAUCCCUUGAUUUAAGUUUGUCCAAAAAGAUAGCCGCACGGUCUAUCAUUUACUAUACCGUUACCACUUUUUGCGCGGUGGUGUUGGGAAUUGUUUUAGUUACGACAAUCAGACCGGGCGUAGGUAUUGAAAGGUCUGCUCAAAAAAAGAAGGUGGACGCAAAAAUUGUUUUGACCGCUGACACGCUUAUGGACUUGGGCAGAAAUAUGUUUCCGCCCAAUAUUAUCGAAGCAACUGUUGGACAGACACACAUUCACAUAAAAGUUCCAAAGGAGCAUGAAGAAAACCCAAGAUUUAAGAAUGAUACUUACAAUUUAAGAGACGAAUACCCGUUUUGGGAUUUCGAGGAGGUGCUCGAAUUAAGGUCCACAAACAUCUUAGGUUUGGUAGUAUAUAGUAUUAUUAUAGGAAUUGCAGUCGGUCAAAUGGGCCAACGCGGAGCACCUCUUGUAAUCUUUUUCGACUCCCUCAGUAAAGCUAUGAUGAUUGUGACUGGAUGGAUUAUUUGGUUAUCGCCUAUUGGCGUUUUCUUCUUAGUAGUCGCUCAAAUUAUGGAAAUCGACAAUUUUGCAACUCUCUUGGCUCAGCUUGGCUUUUAUUUUGGCACCGUACUCUUAGGACUAUUUAUACAUGGGCUUUGUACGUUAACGGUAGUGUACUUCCUUUGCACGAGGACAUUGCCUUUUAAAACGAUAGGGGGCCUCACUCAAGCGUUGGCAACAGCCUUUGGGACAGCAUCCAGUUCCGCGACAAUGCCAAUCAGCAUACAAGCCUUAGAUGAUAUAGGGGUUGAUCCAAGAGUAACUCGCUUUGUGAUACCAAUAGGCGCUAUGUGCAAUCUGGAUGGUACGGCGCUUUACGAAGCCGUCGCCGCUAUAUUUAUCGCGCAACGCAACGCAAUUCCACUUGGAUUCGGCCAUACUGUAGCAGUAUGCUUAACUGCAACGGCAGCUAGUAUCGGGGGUGCCGGAAUACCCCAGGCAGGUCUAGUAACGAUGGUUAUGGUUUUGGAUACAGUAGGUUUACCGGCCGAUCAGAUAUCGCUAAUCUUGGCCGUCGAUUGGCUACUCGAUCGUUUCCGAACAACAAUUAAUGUGAUGGGCGACUGUUUAGGCGCCAGGAUCGUGGAUAUAUUAAGCAAAAACGAUCUGAAGGGAAUACCCGAAACAGAUAAAUUGAAUGCUGCUGAUCACGAAUUAGUGGAAAUCAUAAAAGAUGAUUGCAUCGUAUAAGAGAUUUUCUUCUAAAGACCUUUUGUAUUUAGUGUAAGGUCACCGUUUCAUUCCAUUGUAUAUUACAAUGUUCAAGAUAACGUUCUUCAUAGAAGGAGAAUCGACUAUUGUAUGCAGAAAUUAAGCAAACAUUUAGUUUGCAUUUUUGUAAGUGACCCCGGAAAUAAGUUAAUAAAAGCAAUCAACGUUGUUUAAA